AAACCUUCAGAAGGAAGAAGUAGUACGGUUCGGGCUGGGGACAAGCACAAAACAUCCGUCACGUCUCACAUUGACGUGCGGCUGCACGGCACCGCGGCGAGCCAAGUUGUCUGUCAGGUUGGCGCCGUGGCCCCGCCGCCUCCCCAAUCCCGGGUGCCCGGCAUGCUGUUUCUCCCCAAACCCGGCGGCCAUCCACCCAACAGGCGGGCCCGGUAGGCUGCCGCCAUGCCAUUCAUGGCGCGCCGCACGGGUCGAAAACCGCGCGCCGCCCACCGUCCGCUCGCAGCUGCAGCGGCGCGCCAUGCUUAAAUCUUCCGGCUCCGUCCUCCCUUCCCAGCCAUCCGCCGCCUGGCGCCACACGAUUCCAAGCUGCUGCUGCCACUGCUAGUUUCCAAAUUCCAGCUCCGCUGCUAGUUUCCAGCACCUCGUGCUCCGCUCGUGUGAUCGAUCGAGGCGCGCGGCUCGCCCAUGGCGUCCAUCGUGCUGCUGCUGUCGGAGCUCCUGGGCGGGGAGAGCGCCAGCGUGCUGGCGGCCGACCGCUACAUCACGGGCGGACGUCUCAGCCUGGGGGAGUUCCGCCCCGCCGUGACGGAGGCGAAGCGGGACGGCCGGGUGGUGGGCGCCGGGACGGAAGGGGCGCGGGAGGAGAAGCAGCAGGGGAGGAAGGAGGAGUCGUUCGAGGACCUCGCGGUGUCCAGGAUCGCGGUCGACGUCAUGUGGCCUUGAGAGUGAGAGCUUCUCCUCGAGCGAGGAGUCAUCAUCCGUCCAGGCUUUGGAGAUGGGGGAUGGAGAUUGCUGCUUGCUGCGUUGCAACGCGCACUCCGCUCAUGUAAAUAUGUAAAAGUAUUCCUCAAAUGUCAGGGAUUUGUCCUGAGAAUUUUCCCCUGUCACGCUUCUA